AUGAUGAAAGCCCAAGUUCUCAACCGCUACAAUGAGCCUUAUACACUUUCCGAGUUACAGGUGCCCGUGAUGACUUCACCAUAUGAUCUCCUGAUCAAAGUGGAAGCGGCUGCAUACUGUCAUACCGAUGCCGCCUGUGCCGCGGGGAUGUUCGAGGGCCAUUCAAACGCCCCGGCAGAGUGGCCGCAUGUUGGCUGCCAUGAAUUCGCUGGAACAGUCGUUAACAUCAGCAAGGUACCAUCCAGCUUAUCGGCCCUACAUAUACCAUCGUAUAGCAUUGGCGACCGCGUGGGCGUUCCUGGUCGCUCCUUUCGACCAUGUGGUACAUGUUACGAAUGUCAACUUGAAACCCCCGUUCAUGGCUUGCCCCGUGACCCCGCCGGCUACUCAGCUUAUUGUCCCAACGCUAAGAAUCUUGGACUGAGCGUGCGUGGAGGCUUUGCACAAUAUGUCGUGGUCGAUUCACGCCAGGUCGCUCGCCUGCCCCCCGGGAUGAGCCCUGUCGAAGCAGCUCCUUUAGUGUGCGCGGGGCUCACAAUCUACUCGGCGCUGAGAAGCUGCCAGCUGAAUCCGGGGCAGAGAGUUGCAAUUAUCGGCUGUGGCGGAGGAUUGGGCCAUCUUGGUGUCCAGUUUGCGGAAAGGAUGGACUGGAAGUAG